GGGCUGGACUUCACCUGAGGGCCUUCUCAGAGAUUCCCACGGCUCCGCAGGCGCGUCUUCAAUUCUGUAUCCUCUGCGUCCGUACCUGCAAGUACGUUUUUUACGCAGCCGGGUGAACACAGACGGGGACGCUAGCUCCGCUGGUCAUGGCCUAUCCGGGAUAUGGAGGAGGGUUUGGAAAUUUUAGUGGUCAGAUGCCUGGAAUGCAGAUGCUGAUGGGACAGCCAGUGCCAGGAGAAGGGCCAUAUGUGCCCCCUGGUGGAUACUUGGGAUACCCAGCUUAUUCCAACAGUUAUUCAGCGGAAGACCCCAUGUGGAGGUACUUUACUGAUGUUGCUGGACAGGAUGGUGAAGUGGAUGCAGAAGAACUUCAGAAAUGUUUGACACAGUCUGGAAUUAGUGGAACUUACUCUCCCUUCAGUUUGGAAACCUGCAGAAUUAUGAUUGCCAUGUUGGAUAGAGAUUACACAGGAAAAAUGGGAUUUAAUGAAUUCAAAGAACUUUGGACAGCCCUUAAUGGCUGGAAACAAAACUUCGUAACCAUUGAUCAAGACCAGAGUGGCACAGUGGAGCACCAUGAACUAAACCAAGCCAUUGUCGCAAUGGGUUAUAGGUUGAGUCCUCAGACAUUAAGUGCUAUUGUUAAACGUUAUAGCAAGAAUGGCAGGAUCUUCUUUGACGAUUAUGUUGCUUGUUGUGUGAAGCUUCGAGCAUUGACAGAUUUCUUUAGGAGAAGAGAUCACUUACAACAAGGGGUUGUGAAUUUCGUAUAUGAUGAUUUUUUGCAGGGCACUAUGACAAUUUGAAUGCCUAGAAUUUGAAAGCUGAAGAAAAUACUGUGAAUUUUUCUGACUGGAAGAAACAAAUUGGACUACUUUGAUUUAAAGCUUUUGGUGGGGCUUCUCCAUGUUUCUACUUGUUAAAUCUCUUCCCUUCAUUUUAUAUAUAUAUAUAUAUAUAUAUAUAUAUAUAUAUAUAUAUCACUUUAAUUUGUUAUAUAUAAAAAUAAUGUGUUUUCAUUGUAGCACACAACUCAAAACAAUAAAAGAUGUUUUUGUAUUUGGGAUGUUUCUGCUUUUAGAAAAGUUACCACUUUAUGGAUAUCUGUAUGUCAUCAAAUAUUGCUAUAUGAUUAAUUGAUGUAAAUAUCUCUUAACCUUAAUUUUUAAGAUUAUAUAUAUAAGAAGCCAAAUGAUAAAAGCCUAUAUGAAACUAAUUUAUACUUACCUGCAGGUUACAAAUUUUACUUUCAAUUUUUGUUGGGAUUUGUAGGCAAGCUAGAAGGGCAAUCCCGGAUUUUGUGCCACAGUCAUAAUGGGGUUCAUUCUUAAUCACAUUAUUAGAGAACAGAAACUCACAAGUCUUUGUGAAGAAGGACACUGUAGUUCCUAAAACUUUAUUUUAAAUUGCCUUAGGUGGGCAAUAAAAUAAUAUAUAGUGAAAUAAGACUAUAGGAGGCAUGAUUUUUCCUUUUUUAUUCUUUACAUACUUUUUUCAGUGUGUUUUGUUGGCAUCUAUGGAAAAAAGUUUUUAAACAACUUUUCUCUCUGCGCUUUAAUUUGUUACUGAAGACACAGAUUACCUAAAAUGGCAUCUUUUGCUAAAUCUAGAUUUUUCUGGAAAUGAUACAUUUUAAUGAAAUGUCAACAUUUAGAUUUUCUGUUAAACUUAAUUGUUGUUUAUAUAUGAUGCCAACUGUUCACAACGUUAGAAAAAGUCAAGCGAUAUACCACUUUGCUUAAAUAUUCAGAAAUUAUAAAUCUGACUUUCCUGACAGUAUUCGCUGGUGGUUUGGGCGUUAGGAAGCCAGUAAGUCUUUCCGCAUCUGUGGGGUGUGGAGCAUCGCAGACGCCCAGCCACGUUUCUGAGUGAGAGCACUCUUGCAGUUGCAAAGUUGGGUCACCAGGUUUUUAGCCUUUAAAAUCCCCGGUGUAAGCUGUUAUAAUUAAGCCAGCCCCUUUUUUGGCAAAACCUUAAGUUCUUCUUAAUGAAGAUUUAGUAAAACACAUAUUUUUCUUACACGUGAACUGAAGAUCUUCUCCAGAUUAAAUGUGAAUACAGUAGUCCCCCUGAUCCAUCCAGGUGGAUGCAUUCCAAGACCCACCAAUGAUGCCUAAAACCAGAAAUAGUACCUAACUCUCUUUAUACUAUGUUUUUUCUGUAUAUACACAUCUGUGGUAAAGUUUAGUUUAUAAAUUAAACGCAGUACGAAAUUAACAACGGUAGCAAUAUACUGUAUUAAAAGUUAUGUGAAUGUGGCCUCUUUCUAUGUCUUAAAAUAUCUUAUUGUACUGCACAUGCAGCAUGGACGUGGUGGCCAAAGGGAUGAGUCAUGUCCCAGGAGGGAUGGCCUGGGGCAGCUGGAGAUUUCUUCACACUCUUCAGAACAGGGCGCAGUUUGAAACUUAUGAAUUAUUUUUGGAGUUUUCCAUUUUAUAACUUCAGACCACAGCUGACCUCAGGUAACUGAAACCUUGGAUAUGGGGCCACUACUGUAUAAAUUGACAUAACUUUAGUAUGGCUGGUGACCAAAUUAAUACAGUUUUUAUAAAACUAUGUUUCUUUAAAAAUGGAGGAUGAAUGAUUAGUGGUAUCUUGAAAAAAAAACAUGUUAUGAACAUAUAAUUUUAAAUCAACUUUUGCUUUAAAAAAACCCUGGAAAUGACAUAAUUAUAAUCAUUUUGAAAUUAAUAAUUUUAUAUACUUGACUGUCAAAUUCAUUUGGUCUGUUUUAUAAAAUAUGUAUAUAAAUCCAUAUAAUUUGUACCUUUGGCUGUAAAUUUUUUUCUUAAAUAUAUUUGAUAAUGUGAGAUGGUAUUAACUGAACCAUAAAAAAUAAUUUUAAAUGGAAUUAUUGUAGGAAAAAGCUAAUGUAAGCACACUGUCAUUCGCAUUGAAGAAGGAUGAUGAUAUGGCUCAGCAGCCUAGAAUCUUAACACCCAGCUUAUAGGUGGUUCAGUUACUAUACUGUUCUGAAGUCAGUUGUGAUUGACUGGAAUAUUAACAUGUCAUGUUAGCAUGGUAGUUUGUACUGGUUAAUUCAUGCCCGGUUUUCUUAUGAUCUAAAUUACUGAAUAAUGUACACUCUUAAUGUCUAAGCUUUUAUUUGUACAGUAAACAUGUUUCCAUGUCAUUUUGAGAAUUUUUUUAAUAAACAUUCAAAUAGCUUGCUGUAAAGUUUUGUAUCAUACAAAAUUUGUUACAUACAUGAGAUGCUUCAAUUCAAAUAACAGUGCAGUAACACCUACUAUACCUAAAAAACUGCCAAAUAAUGAAAUGUCAGGUAUUCCACUUCUAUUUCCAGUGCCAGUUUACACAUUUUAAAUUACAUUAAGGGGAAGUCAGUACUAUUAGAAUCUUAAUUUGGUCCAUUUUAAUUGUAAUCUUAAGGACUGUGCUCAUUUGAUCUAUUUAAGCAUGCAUUCAGAAACAAAAAGUAAUAAAAAUGUCAAGUGAUAUGUUUAUUUCUGGAAAAGACAUUUAUCCUGAAAGAAAGUCGAAUUUAUUAAUGUACUUUAAAGUCUGUGCAAUUAAAAAAAGUAACAAAAACAUCAACUUGUGAUUUUUUCUUUAAGUAAAAUAUACAAAUCAACUUUGCUCGUAAUCUCACAGCAUUACUAACCUGGACAAACACACACUGCCAGAAAUGUGCUUUUCUUUGUCUUUCUAUGACAACCUCAUAGAUGAUAAUGUUUAUUCCUGUUUGUAGCAGUAGUCUGGGACAUGAAUAGGAAUAAAUUUGCAAAAAAUCUGGUAAAUAAAAUCUAGUAAGUAAAAUCCAACAUUUUCAGGUUAGCAUAUUUUUUUCCUUAAAUUUUAUAAUGCAAUCAUGAUGUUUUAUUACUUUAGAAAUUUUAGUAAAAGGUCACAAUUCUUUUGGCCUCAAUUCAGCCAUGUACAUGGUAAAUUAAGCAUUUUGAAAUAAAUGUACAAUGUUAAGGUAUCUAAGAGUGUGCCUCGGCUUUAUAAUAGUAUCAAGUGGUGCAAAAAAACCCCAUUUUCAACUGUUACAGUGAUGAAUGCAGAAAGGAUUUUAACUGAAUACUGUUGAAAUAUUUGUGAUCUAGAAUAAGGUCAUAAUGUCACAUACAUACAUAUAUUAAAAUUGUCCAGUAAUGUAGAAUACUGAGCACAAAAUUUGCAGCAAAACACUGGGAAACUUAUUAAAUAUUUCUCUCUGACUUACUCUCUGACUUACUCUGACUGACUUGUUACUUGAAUACUUGGAAAUCUUGUGCUUUUGAUUGUUUCUUGCCAUGUCUGUUUUCUACUUGUUUUUUUAAAAAAGAUAUUUUACUGGCAUAUGAAAGAAGAGCCUUGUAUUACUCUACAUUCCUUUUACCCAAGUAGCUUGGUAAUAUGCAGCUUUGUGUAUUUGUGAGCAUUCAAAACUCAGAUGUGCUUUACGUCUGAAUAGAUAGUAAGUAGACAUUGGCAGCACUAAUACAUAACUAUGAUGUGCAUCGAGUUAGGGAAUGAGGAGGUCCUUGCUUAGGUAGUACCUAUUGUUUUAAGUUGUACCCCUUCUGCAGCAUCAGAGAUGGUGGGAAUUUGGGAAGAUUACAGGGAAUGAGAAAAAUUGGGCUAGGUUGUCAUUGAAUAUGCCAGGAAUCAGUACUUUCAGAUAACGUUGAGGGUGUGUGCGUCUGGGGGGCGGGGAGGGUGUGGGGGUGUCCAACCUUUUAAGCAUAGAAAUAAAUACUUUAUAGAUACAUACCUAUAGCCAUUUGCAUUUUAGUCGGCUGUAUUUAAUCUCAUUUUAUCUUGCUCUGAUUACUGAAAUUUCAAAGGAGAACCUGAGCUGUGCUCAUGUGAUUGUUCUAGAAACAUACUAACUAAAGACCCAUAUUCUUUGAAAAAAUUAUAGGCCAUUUAAAAAUAAUUUUAUGAUUAGCUGAACUUUUGGAUGUAUAUUUCAUUUCCCAGAGUUAUAUCUAUGCAAUACUUGCAAAUUUAUUUUAAGAGAUUGUAAGUUUUUAAAUACUAAGCUUUUUCAUACUUUGAGUCUCAUUUUCUAAUCAGCGUUACUAUAGAUAUCAAUCUAGUACGCUCUGCUAAUCUGUAUUUGGUUUAGUUUUUCAUUUAUCAGGUAGGGAGAUGUUCUCUUGGAUUUUUAAAUCUUAAAAACGAAUGGUGGGAGAUCUAAACCACUAAACAGUCUUAGAAAAUUUCCACAACAUGACCAACACAUGUUCUUUAAAAGCUUUUCUUUAAGUUUGAUUUUUUCUUAUAUAAUAGAUUAAUGAUUCUAGGGGCAAAUUAAGAAUGUAUGAAACUUAGGUAAAUGAAAAUAGUGUUAUCUGGAUAUUUUCUUCAUGAAAAAAUUGAAUCAUGCAUAUCAAUUGUAAAGAUUUUGUUUCACAUACAAAUUCAAUCUUCUUUAGCCAUCAGAAUCUUUAAAUAAUCGAAUGUUUUAGUAAAUUACUAUUGUGUUUUUGAUAGGCAGUAAUAAAAACAAAAUGUUUUUAUUUCUUUAAUGUUCGAUGUAAUACUUUUAUCACUCAGUUUACUUGUCUCCUAGUGGGACUCAGUAAAACCUUGGAUGCACUGUUACGAUUAUGUGACUGUGAAACCCAUCAGCACCCCCACACCCAAGUCUAAUACCGUGCCUAGGAAGAUGUUGGAAACAGUUGCCUUCGCCAAUGGAAGUGUCCUAACUAGCUAUUGAGAUUUACUUUCUUUUCCCCCCAAAUAAUUUCUUUUACAAAUCCUUGAAUUUUCAUGUAUAAAUAGAUGAGAAAUUAUAUGCUUCUUUCUUAAAUUAUGUAUAUAUGCUAUAAGUUCAAUACAACUUGUACACUUAGCUACCAAAAAUGUGCAAUCAUUUUUACAUGAAAUUUACAUUUUUUGUAUUUACAGUUAUUUGUAGGUUAUUGCAAAACUAUUGUGCAAGUAGAUUACACUGUCAAUACCACAUACCAAUCUUUGAGGAAAAUAUUUGCUAAAAAAUAAAUAUUUCUGCACAGAGUAUUUCAAAAGCAUCAUGAUUUCAUGCUAUAAUAUGUGUAUAAAGACUAGGAAAUAGUAUUUGUUUUGGUAGAUUGUUUCAUCCUGUUUAAAAGCAUUCCAAGGUACUUACUACUUACCAAUGCAAGUGAGCUUCUUUAUAUCAGAUAACUGACAUUUUCAAAUGAUCACAGAAUAGUUUUUGAAAUCUAUUCUUUACCUGGCAAACAUUCUAUUGUACAUUUUUCUAUCAAAAUUAUAGAAUGCAUAUUUCAGCUAAAUAGAGGUAAUUUGCCUUUAAUUAAAAUCAGUAUGUAUCUAGGAGAUAAAAACUAGGGAUUCCUUAACAUUUUUAUCUUAUUUAAUAUUUGGAAAAAAGGUGUCUUGACAUUUCAAAGCUUUUGUAAUUUUAGGGGCAUUUUGAUGAAAUUGGAGAAGUUAAUUAUAAGACUACUGACCCUCAAAUUUUACUCCUAAAUAAGGAUGAUGGGAUGGUGUGGAGUUUUCUUGUAUAGUGAAACAAUGUAAAGUCAGCAUGGAAAAAAUACAUAGUUUAAAUGCUAACAGUUGUGAUUCUUUUCAAUUUAAAAACAAAAACAGGAAGUAAAAAGACUAGGUUAAAUGUAUAGCACUUUAAAAUCCCAGAUAUCCCAAAUUAUUUUGUGUCUCUCAAAAUAUAAAUUAACUGAUGGAAGUCACAGAUGUCAUGACUACAACAUAGGAAUUUAUGUUUUGACAUUAACUUUUCAAGAAUAACCAUGUUAAGAUUGCUGUUUUCUUUAGAAGUUUGGUUAUGAUUGGUAGAACAAUGAAAUUGGUCAACUGACUGUAUUCUUGACAUCUGUGUUCUUAUCAUUGCACUCUGUAGAUGUUUUAUUGUUCACAGUAAUAACUUACUAGUUUUAAAUAUCUUCUUGUUAAUAACCUCUUAACCUCCACUUAAUUUUUGAUAUAAAUUAGCCUUGUGAUAAUUUCAUGCUGUCAGUUUUUUCAUGUCAUGUUUUCCUGUGAAUUUUCUAUAUUGCAUAUUUUUAAAGCAGUGUAUUUGUACCACAAAAGCAUAAUUAUUCUAUGAUUGGGCACUGAUCGAUUAUAAUGUCUAAUAUAAGGAAAAAACACUUUUAGUUGUUAAAAUAUUAACAUCACUUCAUUAUAAGUUAAGUAGAGCUAUAAGAAAGCCUUGAGUGAGAGCACGUGAGAAGUCAGGCAGGGGGGUGGGGUGGGCAGAGCUGUUGCAAACCUGGAAAACAAUUGCAACACCAAUAAAUGGAGAAUUUUAUCAGUGUAGGACAAAGGCGAUAUUUGGCAAAUAUUGGAUGUUGCAGCAGAGGAAACAUCGCUAACUCUGGCAUUCUGCCCUGAGCAAAUGGAUCUUGGAGAGUUGUGUGAGAAUCCUUACAUAUAUUUUUUUAAUUGAAUUUAUUCAGGUAAACUUGUUCAAUACCUGUCAUAGAUUUUUGUCAUUGGGUGUAAAUGUGGUCAGUGUUGAGCAGGGUAAAGAGCAACAUAAGGUUUUCAGAAUACCUAAAUUGUUCUGCACUUCCUUCCAGCAUAAAGCCACCAUCUCUGUGAUCCUGCACAAGUCACAUGACGAUCUUACAGUUGUAUAGUGCUUGAUGGUUUACUAAGCACUUCCCUGUGAUGUAUUUUAGAGGAUUCUAACCACGUCUCUCGAAGAUAUUUAAGACAUUACCUCCAUUUUUAUAGUUUUUGAUACUGGGCCCCAUUGAGGUUUUAUCAUGGCAGUAGGUGGAGAGAGUUACACCUGAAUUCAGAUUUAUCAUUGAAUCUUGCCAUUUCCACCAUUCCACACUGGAGCUUAGGCAGUCGGAGGCUAUAUAAUAUAGCUGUGCUGUGAGUGAGAAAUCCUAGAUGCCUGAAAACAACCGUUAUAACUAAAAGUCUAUUUUGUGGAAAAAAAUAGCCUUUUCCUUCAAAAUUGUAAUUUGAAAAUGCAUUUUCAAAUAUCCAUUUGGGAACUAUAUCAUGAAUCUAAAGAAGGGCUUGCACAGUGAGGCAGCGUUUAUAGAAUACAUUCCGGUAGCACUGAACUUGACAUUACCUUUGCAUACUGGGUGUUUCACAUCAAUUCAUAGCAGAUGUAUUGGUAACAAUGUGAUUCAUACUCUCUAUUGUAAAUAGUAAGUAUUUAAAGCUAUAAACCUAGUAGUGCAAAAUACAAUUAAGAGGGUUAAACAAUGGCUACAUGUGUGUUUUUCUGAAUCAAAAGCUAUAGUCUUGAUAACAGCUGUUUAGUUGGAGACAUAGCACGUUGUGCAAAAGCUAAAUUGUGAAAAUUAUGUUCCUGAUUUUAAUGUCAUGUUCCUGAAUGAGAACCAAAGAAUAGCAUUUUUUCAGCACCUACUAUGUGCCAGGCACUUUACUAUAUGACAUCUCAUUUUCUCCUUGAGCUUCUUCAAGGCAGGUACCAUCAUUUCAUUUUUACAGAUUCAGAAAAAAAGACUCAGGGACAUUCAUUAACUUGCUCAGGGUCACAUAGCUGUUAAUGAAAGAACCCAUGGUGACCCCCAAGUUGGUCUGACUACAGAGCCCAAGCCCUCACUGUUCAUUAGUACAGUUUUCAUGUGCAUCAUGAUCUUGUGGGAGAAGGCUUAGUUAAAGGGAUUGCUGGGUCCCCCCGAGUUUCCGAUUUAGUAGAUCUGAGUGGGGCCCACGAACCUGCAUUUCUAUGGUGCCCAAGUUGCUGGUGCUAGUGCUGCUAAUUUGAGGAGCACGCUUAAUAUCUCAUCUUGUGUUUCCAGUGGCUCACCUGAUAGACACACUUGUUUUACUGCAAAAAUAUAAUUAGAAACCCAGUAACAUUUGAAUUUUUUAGUGAUUUACAGAAGUUUUGGUUUGCAGUAAGAAGUCUACUUAAAUAUAUAUUGAUGUAGUUUUGGUAUUAACUAUGGAUAAACAAUUUAAAGGCUACACUAUAUCAUAAAUGAGUCAAUGUUGCAAUUCAUUUUUAGCAACUAGAUCUACCCAUUUCUUUUUUUAGUCAUGGAAAGCAUUCAGGGGGAAUACACUGUCAAUAAUUAUUUUAGAUAUGCUGAUGAGGUGAUACAUUUUAUUCUUAGAUAAUAUAUAAUGGGGUUUUAAAAUAACAUUUAGAUAAGGACAUUAUUUUAGGCAUUUUGGGUCUUUGCUAGAGAUCAACCUCCAAAAGGAUCUUGUAAGCAACCUUUAUACAUGCAUGUAAACCUGCCAACAAAUAAAUGCCACUCUGCCCUGAGUUGGCUGCUGUAUCUCCUGACGAGGAUGACUGGAAAGCUCAGCUGUGAUGAACAACCCAUUCUAAUGGACUUAAGAAACUAUCCUGUCCCAAAUGUGUCCCUGCCUUCCAAAGUUUGGGGAAUGAUUGAUUAGUAAUUU